UUUCCUUUUCUUUCUUUUCUUUUCUGUAAGUUACAAACAGAGCCUGAGAAUCCUCCAAUCCCAAAACGCACGCUACACGUUCAAAUAGAAUCUUCAACGUCUGGCUUCUCAAAACUAGGGUUUUAUCACUUCGUCUCUUUCACGCAUUCACUCUUCCUCAACAGACACACGCACAUACAUAAACCCUAAAGCUGUGUGCUCGUGAGAGCUGCUGACAGAGGUAAAGGAAAAAAAAAUGGGAGUGAAGGAUGGGAAAAGCACCGGCGGCGAGAAUCCAGUGGAGCUGUUCCUGAAGAUCGGAUUGGACGAAAGAACCGCCAAGAACACCGUCGCUAACAACAAGGUCACCGCCAAUCUCAUCGCCGUCAUUCACGAGGCUUCUGUGACUGAUGGUUGUGCUCGGCCCAUUGGCAAUCUUCUUUACACUGUUGCUACAAAGUUCCCAGCAAAUGCUCUUGUGCAUCGCCCAACAUUGCUGGAGUACAUAGUCUCAUCAAAGAUUAAAACUCCUGCUCAGUUAGAGGCUGCCUUUUCAUUCUUUGCAACUACUGGUGCGGAGACUUUUAUGGUCAAUGAUUUUGAAGAGGCUUGUGGUGUUGGAGUUGAGGUCUCCGAAGAAGAUAUUAAACACGCUGUUAAUGAGAUAUUCGAAGAGCACAAGAAUGCAAUAUUGGAGCAGCGCUAUCGAACAAAUGUUGGUGAGCUAUUUGGUCAUGUACGGAAGAUGCAGCCUUGGGCCGAUCCAAAGAUUGUUAAGCAACUCAUAGAUGCAAACUUAUAUGGUUUACUUGGUGAAAGGACCGCGGCAGAUGAUGAGAAGCUUGUUAAAAAGAAGAAAGAGAAGCCUGUUAAGAUUGAGGAACCCGUUGCUGUGGUGGACACACCACCAAAACCAUCUGAAGAAGAACUCCACCCAUUUUUAAUAUUCCCUUCACCAGAAGAAAACUAUAAGGUGCACACUGAAGUAUUUUUCAGUGAUCGCCCUGUGCUUAGAUGUUGCAAUUCAAGGGAAACACUUGAAAAACAUUUGAAGGCAACCGGAGGGAAAGUAUUUACACGCUUUCCACCAGAACCAAAUGGGUAUUUACAUAUUGGUCAUGCCAAGGCUAUGUUCGUUGAUUUUGGUCUGGCAAAAGAAAGAGGAGGAUGCUGCUACCUAAGGUAUGAUGAUACAAACCCCGAGGCUGAAAAGAAGGAAUAUAUUGAUCAUAUUGAAGAGAUUGUAAGGUGGAUGGGCUGGGAACCUUUCAAGAUCACUUAUACAAGUGAUUAUUUCCAAGAUCUAUAUGAACUGGCAGUAGAGCUAAUACGGAGGGGUCAUGCUUAUGUUGAUCACCAGACACCUGAAGAAAUAAAGGAGUAUAGGGAAAAAAAGAUGAACAGUCCUUGGAGGGAUAGACCAAUUGCUGAAUCAUUGGAACUCUUUGAUGAAAUGAAACGUGGCAUGAUUGAAGAAGGAAAAGCAACAUUGAGGAUGAAACAAGACAUGCAGAGUGAUAAUUUUAACAUGUACGACCUCAUUGCAUAUCGUAUCAAGUUUACUCCUCAUCCACAUGCAGGGGACAAGUGGUGUAUCUAUCCAAGUUACGAUUAUUCUCAUUGCAUUGUGGAUUCUCUCGAGAAUAUUACACAUUCGCUCUGUACACUUGAAUUUGAGACACGUCGUGCUUCAUAUUACUGGUUAUUGGAUGCAUUGGGGCUUUACCAACCUUAUGUUUGGGAAUACUCACGCUUGAAUGUCACUAACACCAUGAUGUCAAAACGCAAGUUGAACCGUCUCGUGACCCAACAUUUGGUGGAUGGUUGGGAUGAUCCCCGUCUGAUGACAUUGGCUGGAUUGCGACGUAGAGGUGUUACUCCAAAAUCAAUUAAUGAUUUUGUUCGAGGAAUCGGAAUUACUAGAAGUGAUUGUAGCGUGAUACGUUUAGACCGCCUCGAGUACCAUAUAAGAGAAGAACUAAACAAAAUUGCACCUCGAACAAUGGUUGUACUACAUCCACUCAAGGUAGUGAUUACCAACUUAGAAGCUGGUUCACUGAUGGAUCUUGAUGCAAAAAAGUGGCCUGAUGCUCAACUAGAAGAUGCAUCUUCUUUUUAUAAGGUUCCGUUUUCCAAUAUUGUAUACAUUGAUCACUCUGAUUUUCGAAUGCAAGAUUCUAAAGAUUACUAUGGGCUUGCUCCUGGAAAAUCUGUGCUACUCAGGUAUGCCUUUCCUAUAAAGUGCACAGAUGUGAUUCUUGGUGAUGAUAAAGAGACUAUUCUUGAAGUUCGAGCUGAGUAUGAUCCUUCAAAGAGGACAAAACCGAAGGGGGUUCUUCAUUGGGUUGCAGAACCUUCUCCUGGGGUGGAUCCACUGAAGGUGGAAGUCAGAUUGUUUGACAAACUGUUCCUUUCCGAGAAUCCUGGGGAACUUGGUGAUGAUUGGCUCAGUGAUUUGAACCCCGAGUCCAAAGUAGUGAUACCUGGAGCAUAUGCUGUAUCUUCCCUAAAAAACGCUGCAGUUGGGGACAGAUUUCAGUUUGAAAGGCUUGGCUAUUUUGUGGUUGAUAAGGACUCCACACCUGAGAAGCUCGUCUUCAACCGGACAGUCACACUGCGAGACAGCUAUAGCAAAUCUGGGAAGUAGGUGAGCUAGCACAGAAGUGACUGUCAGGCAGGCAGCAAAUCAGCAUUUAUGCUUCUGAGAAUCUGAAUGUUCUGUAUUUUGUGAAAUAUUCACUUGCCAAAAAGUACGUUUAGCAAUUGAUAACUGACAAAAACCUUGUACAUCAUAUAUGUUUAAACACUUCAAAGGUAAUUAUAUUGCGGUUUAAGAAUUUGUCUGAUCGUA